AUGGGCAAGGAAGUAUCCGAUAGAACGGUGCUGAAACAGAUAGAAGAGAUUAAUUCGCAUAAGGCAAACAACGUAAACUAUUACAACCACCUGAUCAAUCUUGAGGGUAGUGUUGACCAGGUUUCUCUGUUCGUAUCCAUUCAGGCAUGCACCGUACUAUGUGAGGAUUUCUACGUUUACCUGCAGGAGACGAGGGCAAUGAUGUACGUGGAAAGGGGAAUUUCAAAAUUUGAUGAGAUAAUCAAGCUGUGUUUGAUAGAGAAGAAGGACUUUUACUUUUUAAUAGAGUGUUUAAGCAGGAUGCUGAUUAUAAAGGUUAAAAUCACCAAUGACUUGAACAUUCUUUCCGAAUACCGAUCGUUUCUGCAGAUCAACAGUGAAGGCAUCUUCAAUUUUCUUGUAGACCUACGAUCAGAAAAUAUCGAAAUAAGAAUUAGCACUGAUAACACGGUUGAAGAACAAAUAUUUGUGGAAGGAUCCCCUGAAACGGUAAAAUUAGUACCAAAUAAUGAUAAGUUGUUGGUUGCUAUGGAUUUUAUCAGUACUAGUGAGCAAUUCGAUGUCUUUCUUUUUUAUUUUGGUUUGUUUUAUGAUCCUGCGUGUAAAGCUGCAUAUUUGAGCAGACUUACAGAUCUCAGAAAGAGGUUUGAGCGGACUCUGCUCAUACAGGCAAUAUUAGACACCGAAUACCUUAGCGAAUUGAUGGAUUACGCAAUGAAACAAAAAAAUGGCUUGAAUGAGCUGAGCACUAUUUUCAUGAUUUGUCUCAAAAUAAAUGAGUUGAACACGUUCAAAAUAAUUAUCAUCGAUUUCUUGAAAAUCACUAGCAUACUCACAGACGAAGAGGCAACGAAUCUGCGGCUGAUAACAACAUCGCUGAUAAAGAACCUAAAUAAAGAGAUAGAAGGUAGGAGACCAUCGCAGAUGUAUGAUCGUGUGACGAACGCAGUACAGAUCGGUGAGAUAAACUUUCUGCUGGACAUUGGCCUGAAGGAUUUUGUGGACUGGGAUGAUCUGGUUCGAUUCCUAUAUGUUCAAAAGGACUAUGCCCUGAUUCUUUGCCUGACGCGCCGUAGCAUAAAGGUUGAAAGGAAGAUAUUAUUCGCUUGCUAUCUCUUCACGGGUGAUAUUUUUUGUGCUGAAACACUCUAUGAGGAGGAACUGAAUCAAAGAUUUACGGUUAAAACCUGCCAAAACGGAUCAGAGACAAGUUUUGAUGAGAUGGAAGCGAAUGAAAUAUUUGGUGAGUCCAUUUGUUCAAAUGACCUGAUAGAUCAGGCACAAGUUUUCAUGUUAUUCGUAAAAAAAGGUAAAAUUUCCUCGGCAUUCAACCUAAUUGAAAAAAUAGACGGCGUUGAAGAGUUUAUACUGUGUAUAAAAUUCCUCGUAUCGCACAACAGGCAGCUUUUAAAAGAGGUUAUUUGUAUUGGCAUCAAAAAAUUCCAUCAGAAUUACAAUUUCUUGAGAAUAUCGAUAAGUAUCCUCCAUUUAGAGGAGAUUGCCAUAACGGCAGAUGAAAGAGCAAAUCUAAUUCUUGAGUUGUAUUUUAAUGAUGAUGACGAACUUGCUGUUAAUUUAUGGCCUGAUAAAACCUUCAUAUACAAUAUCUUGUACAACAAUACGCUAGAUGUGGAAAACCUGAACCUGAAAUGCAGACUUUUGGAAGAAAUCAAGUUGAUGUCAACGGAGGAAGACACUUUGUUCUUAUUUUUAUACGUCAUAAGAGAAAUAGAGCAGCGAACGUUAGAGACAGAUGCAGAAAAGGCAGAAUCAGAAGGUAAGGCUGUGGAAUGCCUACAAGCCAGCAUUGAUAACCUCUUAAUCCAUUUGUUCGGCAAUAUUGGUGCGUUUAAAUCAGAGACUCUAAUUCUGUUGUACGAUUAUUACAAACAUUGUGACAAGGAUAAGUCCGAACUAGCGUUUAAUUCGCUUUCAAUCAGCGAUCUAAGCGAGAAUAAUUUGCAUUUUCUAUGUGAUAUAACGGAUGAUAUCAAGAUAGUUCAAAUUAUUCAAGUUAUGAAGAUAAGACAACUCCUCUCAGCGGAGGUGCUCAACACAAUCUAUGUAAGAUUUGCUGCCUAUGGAAUUUACAACUUGAUAGCGCUUUGUGAUGAGUUAGAAAUGAUAGAAGUUGAUUUCAAAAGCAGAGUCCUACUUGAUUUACUACGCACCAAGUUGCAACAUUUAGGAGCACUGAGGGAUCCAUUUCUAAAGAAACGAAUUUUACAUUUUCUAUCAGAAUAG